GGAUGUGCAUUUGUUUUUACUCCAAUCAAAGAGUUUUUCUGACAACAUAAACACGCAGCACUAAAUUUUUCAGUACUAAUUCAAUUUCAACAAAACAAAAAUAAAAAAAAAAUAGUAAAAUAAUCCGUCGGUUUGAAGCCAUUCGUAAUUCGCGUAGGUAUUGGUCGCGAAUUAUAAUUGCACAGCGCAGCUCUCGUCAGACGCGAGAGCCACAGACGGCCGCCGGAAAAAACUCCAGAAGCCGAGGGCCGUGUUUGCUUUUAUGCCGUGAGGAUUUUCAAAAGUACUUGGUCAUGGCUUCGGAACGUUAUAGCUUUUCCCUUACGACAUUCAGUCCUUCGGGAAAGCUGGUGCAAAUUGAAUAUGCCUUGGCAGCAGUAGCAGCAGGUGCUCCUAGUGUAGGAAUCAAAGCUUCAAAUGGCGUCGUACUUGCAACAGAGAACAAGCACAAAUCAAUCUUAUACGAUGAACACAGUGUUUCUAAAGUUGAGAUGAUCACCAAAUACAUCGGUAUGGUGUACAGUGGAAUGGGUCCCGAUUACAGGCUGUUAGUCAAGCAGGCACGUAAAAUGGCCCAGCAAUAUUACUUGGUCUACAAAGAGCCAAUUCCCACUGCCCAACUUGUACAGCGUGUUGCUAUGCUGAUGCAGGAGUACACUCAGUCUGGUGGUGUAAGACCUUUUGGUGUCUCGCUGUUGAUUUGCGGAUGGGACAAGGGCAAGCCCUAUCUGUUCCAGUGUGAUCCAUCCGGUGCCUACUUUGCUUGGAAAGCAACUGCUAUGGGCAAGAACUUCAUUAACGGCAAAACUUUCUUGGAAAAGCGUUACAGUGAAGAUCUCGAGCUCGACGACGCCGUUCACACUGCCAUUCUGACUUUAAAGGAGGGUUUCGAAGGUCAGAUGACAGCUGACAACAUUGAAGUUGGUAUUUGUGAUGCGAACGGCUUUCGAAGGCUAGACCCUUCGAACGUUAAAGAUUAUUUGGCUAAUAUCCCCUAAUUUAAUUUUUUUUAUAUUAAUAUUCACAACGUUUGUAAGAUUAUAUGCGUUUAAUCAAGUCAAAUGAAUGGAAACAAAAGUAACGAAAAUAAAUUGUUCUUUUAUAUUCUA